UUGAUACCCCGAGUCUCGACACAUCCGGAAAGCGCCGUGUUUCGUGUGCGUUUCGCCAAGGAGUUGUAGCCCGUUUCGCGCGAGCAGAAAAAGUCACGCCACGAGAGCAAAGAAAACCCGUCAAACUGGCGCCGUUCAAGAUCCGUUUUACCUCGAACAUGCUGAAAUCGCGCAGCUCCGGCGACAGUCGCAGCAACAGCGUGGAAUCCGAGGAACAGCAACAACGACAAGUCGAUCAGUCGUUGGACGCGGACAAGUACGCGGACGAACACGGAACGGAAACGAACAAGAAUUGUUUGUCGAUUAGAAACGAGCUAACAAUCCCGAGCUCGCCGCCGCCCUCUUACGAGCACGUUCUCGAAGAGACACGAAUGGAAUCGUCAGCCAUCGCGCUGAGGGAGACGAAGGAGGGCAGAAACAAGGAGAAACAAGAUCCGAGGUGCGAGAAGAACGCGGAGAACGCGGAAGGUGCCGCCAACGGGGUUGACGAGGGCAGCGGGGACAGAAAGGUGGCCAAGGGGCCCAAGAUAUUUCACAAGUCGAGCAAAGAAUUUUACAAAGCGAUGGCCAAACAGUGGGGCAUCACUUGCAAAAUGAGCGAUCAUUGCAGGUGUUUGGAUUGCCAGAGUCAUUAUUUCGACUGCGACUACGAGAAAGACGAGCAGGAAAAGGGCGACGGCGGUCUCAGCGCGGGCACGCCGAUGUUCAUUUCCGAGGUGAUGCACGGCACCGCGUGCGCCCUUCUGUAAAGCCGCCUCCGUUUCUUUCGGUUCCGCUUCUCCUUGUCGACGAGCAAGACGUCUUUACCUGAUUACCACACGCACAAAAAAAAAAAAAACGGCGCCUAAACAGCAGCGACGAAGAACUUUCCACGUCGUACGUUUAUAUAUAUAUCUAUAUAUAUAUAUAUAUAUAUGUACAUGUUGUAUAAGUUUAACGUGUGUCGAAGGGAGACAUUUGGUGCUUACAUCAAUGUCAAAGCUAUUCGCGCGAUAUAUGGAACAACGUGUGCUUUCCAUAUGCACACGUUGAUAAACACGAGAGGACGUAUUUCAAGAGUAACAAAACGCUGAACUUGCGGAAACCUUUGAAACUAUACAACACAAAAAUAAUUUGUGCAGGCCUUUGCGCAAAAGAGAAAUUCUCUCAAUCGGGAGGGAAAGAUAUUCUUAAUUUUUUUACACACGCGAUAAAACCGGUUCAGUGAACACACACAAAGUAAAACAGG